CGCCUGCACACGGGCGAGCGCCCCUACCGCUGCGAGGCCUGCGGGGAGAGCUUCCGCGACUGCUCAUCCCUGACCAUCCACCAGCGCCUGCACACAGGCGAGCGCCCCUACGUGUGCGCAGACUGUGGCAAGGGCUUCACCGACAGCUCCCUCCUCAUCAAGCACCAGCGCACGCACCGCACUGAGAAGUGCUACGACUGCCCCGACUGCGGGAAGAGCUUCUCCACCAGCUCCUACCUCCUGCGGCACCAGCGCACCCACCUGCCCGAGAAGCCCUACCAGUGCCCCGACUGCGGGCGGGGCUACAGCCAGUUCGCCCACCUCACCACCCACCAGCGCGUGCACACGGGGGAG